CGAGCCGGAGAUCAAUGUGAUGCCCUGCGAGGAGCUUACGGAGUUCGUGGACGUGCAGUCGGUCAGCGAGGAGGAGGCCACUGUGGCAAUGGCCCUGCCACGACUGGAACCCUUCGCCCCGACGACAGCUCCCACGACGCCCAGCACUGAGGCUCUGUCUGCCCUUCUUACCGAGGGGUUCCUAGAGCCGAAAAGGAUCUCCCUGGGUCUGGCCUCCUCGGAUAUCAGUGCUCCUCCGGGUACCAUGGAUAGCCUGGCGCCUCCCAUGGUCGCCUAUGCCACCGCCAUGGCCCACAGUGGGUCCGGCUCAGGCUCAGUGAUGUCCUCGAAUCUGACCCCGAAUCUGCGGAGGGAACACCGUCGCCAGUCCUCGACAAAUGCAGCUGUCUCCUGGAACGAGACCGUGUCCAUCAAGCGAUCGCCCCUGAGCAAGGAAAUGGUAAAGUGGCCGAAGAACCCUCUCUGCCAGAAACCGACCAGAACUUCAUUUCUCCCACCCAAACAGUCGGCAGAGCGGGAGGAGGAGGUGACGAUGCGCCAGAAGUCGCUGCACCGUCGCCACCAGAGCAUGGGCAACGCCAGCUACUCCUUGGACGAGGCCGCCCAGUCCUCCCAGGGCAAGCGCCACUCCAGCAACCUGUCGGGGGCCAGGGACGAGGCUGCCCUGCGCUCCACCCAGCGGCCGCAUAGCUGGGGACCCGUGGGUACGGUCUACUAUAUGGAGUCGCUGAUGUGCGCCUUCUAUGAGCCCGCACUGCUGCAUGGACCAUGUAUUGGAUGAAUCUUUGAUCUAAUUGAAUCUAAUUAUCUUUGCUAGCAUUAGUAGAACUCUGUACAAAGAAACCCAUUCGAUCGAUGUGCGUGCUCAAGUUUUUGGCAAUAAAACCAUUGGGUGGGAGCCCCAAGAACCUGCCUCUCUCUGAGUCUGCCCUGUAAAUAGCACUUGUCAACUUAGAUGAAUUUUUUCCAAAUAAAAUACUUCUUCAUUGAUGAGUUCUGACGCAAUCAGAGUCCUGUGCGUCCAUCAAAAA